GAUAAAGAGAACUAUAAAGACUGAUACAACUUGGCCAAUUGGCGUUUGUUUCUCAUAGCAGCUCCACAAAAUGGCAAGCAGGAAAGCAGCUCGAGGAAAAGCUUCAUCCAAACAUAACCAACGAAGCUCAUCGAAUGUCUUCUCCAUGUUUGAACAAUCUCAAAUUCAAGAGUUCAAGGAGGCCUUCGGCUGCAUUGAUCAGAACCGAGAUGGAAUUAUCAGUAAACAGGACCUGAAGGAGACUUUUAUGCAGCUGGGUAAAUUGAAUACCAGUGAUGAAGAAUUGGAAGAGAUGUUGAAAGAGGGAAAGGGGCCAAUGAACUUUACAGUGUUCCUCAGUCUGUUUGGAGAAAAACUGAAUGGAAGUGACCCAGAAGAAACCAUCUUAAAUGCCUUCAAAUUGUUUGAUCCCCAAGGAACAGGGCAUGUCAAGAAGGAUGAAUUUAAGAGACUCCUGAUGACACAAGCCGAUAAAUUCAGUGCAGAUGAGGUAGAGCAGAUGUUUGCUGUGACUCCCAUUGAUGUUGCAGGAAACAUUGACUAUAAGUCACUAUGUUAUAUCAUCACACAUGGAGAUGAGAAGGAAGAGGCAUAGUUUGAAUGUUGUUGG